AUGAUACCCAAUAGCCUUUUACAAGGUGGACGGGUCGUACUGACCACAUUUUACCUGCUUCUGAUCAUCAUAACAAUCCCCAUCUCAUUUCAAGUAGGAGGACUGUACUGCGGACUGUCUUUCACGGUCACACUGUUCAACCUGUAUUUGGUGACCACAACUCUGAAAAUUAUGUCUGGGACGCGUGGGAUUGCAAAACUGACGUCUGUGGCGUAUUACGCUCAACAUUUUUUUAUCCCAUCGCUGCUGUUUCUGUUUCUGCUCGGCUUUUCACACGAUGAACUGAAGGAGCAAAUCGACGCCAAUACAAGACCGGACGAAUCCCUCAUAAACGUUUUACGCAGAUCUCCAAAGAACCAAUCUUGGAUUUUCUAUUAUUAUUACUACCAGUAUGUGGUCAGACCUUGGCAAUACAUGCUGGUGCGGUCGACGCCGUAUUUCACUCUUUUGGAGGGCUUUUUCACCGUUCUAGGAAUUCAAGCGGUAGGUGAAACGAACCGCUGGCUUUCCCGCACGCAACAUGGUUCCAACUGGUGGGUAAUCACAGGGCUCAUGACCUCAGGCGGCGUAAUCACUGCUUCACUGUAUUACCUCUACAGAAUUUAUGUUACGCCCAUUUGGGAGCUGGAUGCAAAGACUGCUUCAUUACUUGGAUUCACAUUUUCUAUCGUCUGUGGGCUUGGGGUCUUUGGGAUCGUCUCAGGACGAGGCUCGACCAUAGAAUCAUCACUUUUCUUCGCAUAUAUCGUUCGCUGCCUGUACGAAAUUUCUCCACAAUUAGCCACCAGUGCGAUGGAUGAGAUUUUUAGCUUGGUCAAACAAACGUGGCAAAACCAAAACCACACAUUCAAGUCUCCCGAUAGCCUGGCCUUUUUCCGCGAUCGCAUCUUGACUAACGGAGAAAUGAUUUGGGACAGCAUUUUGGAAAGAACCACCCACGUCACCGGCAGGUCUGCGUCUGAUUCAGCUCUAUUGGGCCUGCAGCGCCUCUGGCGUCAUCUGAAGCCCGCGUGGAGGUUUCUAAAAUACUUCACUUCAAGUGUACCGAGCUCGAUUCAGGAAUUGUUCAUUUUGACUUGGAGUAUGGCCAAAGAAGCUAUUGCGCCUGCCGUGGUUAUGAAUUUGUGCUUUCGCAUCCUGAUUUUCUAUUCUGCCACCAGAAUAAUACCGGCAUUGCAGAAAAAGCAUAAGCGUCGGUCGCGUCGAUUCAUGCGUCUGUUGUAUUUAUACAGCCCUUGCAUUGUCAUUGCAAUGUACACCCAUCUAAUUUUGCAGUACUCUGGCCAGAUGAGUAAUGACCUUUGUCUGUGGGGCUGCUUUCCAUGGUCUCAUGAAGGCAGCACAAAGAUUGUGGCCGAUUCAUGGGGGUUUUGGAAUUGGUGCAAUAUUUUCUGCACCAUGGCGAUAUACGCAUCGGAGCUCUGGGACAAAAAUUAG